CACUAAUAUAUCUGAUUCACAUAAUACUAUAAAUGUUUAUCGAGCAAAUUAAUGAAUUCAUACGAUACCUUGUUGCUACUGAAAAUGCCAAAUAUGCCAGCGUGUCUUUUCAUUUUUCCACCCGAAAUUGUGCCCCUGACCGUUCAAUGAUUGUGAAUUGGUUGCAUGGCCGGUUGUGAUAGUUGACUAUUGCUGUCACAAGAUUUCGUGAUGGACAAUUCCUUGAAAGGAAAAUUACCGGGAGGUGUGAAACCGUUUUUGUAACGCUCAAUCGCCAUUGAUGUGUCUUUCUCCUCGUUUAUUUCGUUCGCUGCUUUUAUAUCAUCCAAACAUUGAGCUAUUAUCGGUUCAACGGCUCGUUCCCACGUCAUCUUUUUUAAUUUUAUUUGACACUCCGCCGUUCAUACCUGUAAUAAUUUGAUUCUACUAUUAGUUUUCGCUAAAAAUUGAAGAAAUGACUUUCGUAUAACCUAUAUACGGAGAUACAUAGGUUAUACAAAUGUCAAAAAUCUUCAUUUCGAAAACUGUUUUUCCGAUGACAACACAAAAUUAAACUUUCUCAACACUUGACACAACACGAUACCGAUUGUUUUCACGCACUUUUCUAUUCACGCACUUUUUAUUUAUUUCACGAUUUUUGUGUUGAACUCCGUAUAUCACGAAUCGGUAAUGCUUGUAUCUCGUCGGUAGCGUCAUCGGCCGUGUCCCGUGACAAUUAAGUUUCGGAGUCGAAAACUGCGAAAAAAUUAACGUGGGUACCAAAUAUUAUUUAUAUUAUGAAACAACUCUGGAAAAAAUGCAAAAAAAUAUAAAGCCGAUUAUUGUUGAUUGAUUGAAAUGAGAAAUAAAAGUGAAAAAAGUUUCAUAGCUACGCGCAUUGCUUUUUUUGGCGCCGGUACAAAGAUUUGGUUUUUCGAGGUUGUCAACCCUGCGUGUUGUGAGAGCGGCAAAUCACAAUUCAUCAUUCUCCAGUAUCGCUACGACCAGCGAAACAAUGCGUCGAGGCUCAGCGAAGACAAAAGGAGCAACUCCGAACGCCAAAGGAGUAGCAACAAAGCGGGGCGGAAAAAAAAAUUUGGUUACGAGUGAUAAAAAAGUCAUGAAAAACGGAGAAGAGCGACCAACAUUUGCACAGGUUGUCGCUGUCGGAGAAAACACCACAAUGAAAGACGAAACUGAAGCAGUGCCGAUUGAAAAAUUGCAACAGCGACAAAUACAGAUCGCAGCUGUCGGAAGCAAAACUGUCGAAAUGCACGAAACUCAAAACGAGAAGACCCAGCCCUGGCAACAACAGCAAGACCAGAUCGCAGCUGUCGGAGGCGAAACCCUCGAAAUACACGAGGCUCAAAAUGAGAAGACUCAGCCCUGGCAACAACAACGAAGCCAGAUCGGCGUGGUAAGAACAAGAGUCCCGGCAGAGUAUGAAAUCGAGGCGUCGCUGUUCCAGCGAUGGCAACGACAACAAAAUCAGAUCGCAGCUGGCGCCAAAACCCUGAGAAUACACGAAGCUGUAAAUGAGGUGUCCCAGCCCUGGCAACAACAGCAAGGCCAGAUCAACGUUGUGAGAAAAACAAUUCCGGCAAAGCACGAAACUGAGGAGGUGCUGUUCCAGCGAUGGCAACGACAACAAAAUCAGAUCGCAGCUUGCGGCAAAACCCUGGGAAUGCACAAAACUGAAACCGAGGUGUCCCAGCCCUGGCAACAACAGCGAGGCCAGAUCGACGUUGUUACAAAAAGAAUUGCAGUACAGCACGAAACUGAGGCGCCGCCGAUCCAGUAUUGGCAACCACAACAAAAUCAGAUCGCAGCUGUUGGAAGCAAGACCUUGAGAAUGCAUGAAUCAGAUAACGACAUGUUUCAGCCCUGGCAACAACAACAAAGCCAGAUCGACGUUUCGAGAAAAAGAAUUCCGGCACAGAACGCAACUGAGGCAACGCAGUUGCAGCGUUGGCAAUCACAACAAAAGCAGACGAACGAGCAGACGAUUUGGUCCCGGCUGGCAGAAGUGGAAGCGACCGUCACCUCCCUAAAAAAGGCAUUCGACAAUGAAAAAUUGAAAAGGCAAAAAAUGGAGGAAGACGUUUCUGGUCUCAUACGGGAAUCUAAAAAACGACAGCUUACCGGGUAUCAACGGCGCCUAACGCAAAAAUUAGCGAAAAUAGAAAAAGACCAAAAUGAUUAGACGAAAGCCGACGACAAAAAUCAACACGAUGCAGUCUAAUUCGCGCAGCACUUCUCUUUCAAUUCCAUAUUGUUUUCUCCGUUUAUUCAUAAACAUUAAAAAUUACAUGAAAUGUCA